GACAGUCCAGGUCCUGAAGGUACAGGUGCAUAUCGUUGUGGAUUUGCUGGGCUUUGCUCUUCUUCAUGGUCCUUUCAAACAUCUCUUCUAUUUCUUGGUCUUGGUUGCAUAACAUUACUCAUAUCCCUUUUAUCUCCAAUUCUUCUUCCGGGUUUAUUUGAUCAACAA